CAAGGGGAAUCUCUGCACCUUGGACAUCCCUCCUCCAAAUGAACUGUUCUCCCCUUGGAUCUAGCACUGAGACAGAGCCACAGAGCUGCCCAUCACCUCCAGCAUCAGCACCCCUGCCAGCCCUAGCACCAGGUCACCCUCUGCGCCAGGCGAACAGACUGCCCAUCAGGGUGCUCAAAAUGCUGACUGCCCAUACAGGACACUUACUGCACCCGGAGUACCUGCAGCCUCUCUCCUCCACCCCCGUCAGCCCUAUAGAGCUGGAUGCCAAGAAAAGUCCACUCGCCUUACUGGCUCAGACCUGUUCUCAGAUCGGAAAACCGGAUCCCCCUCCGUCCUCCAAACUAAACUCUGUGACUUCCAGUGAAAAAGAUAGCAGCCGUAACUCCUCGCUGAAGCUGGGCGAGUCUCCUCUAGAUGAUAAGUCAAGCUUCAAACCCUACUCCAAAGGAGGAGAGUCAAGAAAGGAAAGUGUAUCUUCUAAUGGCGGUUCUGCGGAUAAGGCAGGAUUUAGAGUACCGAGUGGUUCUUGUCAACCCUUUCCUCCCCAUGCACCAUCACCUUCUUCAAGAGUGAGUUCCCCUGGACAGCACUGCGACUCUAAAAACAAUGACGGGCAGGAGAAGAAAGAGCCUGAAGCUAUUAAAAGCAGUUGUGAAGUGUCACUAGCCAAUUCCAGCCAUACAAGAGCCAGUAUCAGCAAUUCUAGUGCAGAGUCCUGCCAAAGCGGGGAUGUUACCCCCAGCAGCAAAUCUGAGCCACAGUCCCUUGGAUCUGGCCAUGUGGCCCCAGUUUCUCCCUAUAAACCUGGACAUUCAGUCUACCCUCUUCCACCAUCUGGCAUUGGAUACCAUGGAUCCAUAGUGGGUGCCUAUGCUGGAUACCCAUCCCAGUUUGUCCCUGGGCUGGAUCACACCAAAACAAGCCUGGUUGGAAAUCAGCUGUCUGGGACAUUAGGUUUGCCAGGAAAACCACCCAGCUCCAGUCCUCUAACUGGUGCCUCUCCUCCUUCAUUCAUGCAAGGAUUAUGCAGGGACCCAUAUUGCCUGAGCUACCACAAUGCCUCCCACCUCGGCUCAAGCAAUUGUUCCACCUGUGUGCACGAUCCAUCUGCCCUCAAGUCUGGAUAUCCUUUUUAUCCCAGUCACCCUCUCCAUUCAGUGCACACCACAUUGUCUUCCAGUGUCACCCCUUCCUUGUCUGGCCACCCACUCUACACAUAUGGCUUUAUGCUCCAAAAUGACCCCGUCCCCCACAUAUGCAACUGGGUGUCUGCCAGUGGACCUUGUGACAAAAGAUUUGCCACGUCAGAAGAACUUCUUUCCCACUUACGGACACACACAGCCUUACCUGGGGCAGACAAACUUUUGGCCGGGUACCCUACAUCUGGUUUGGGUUCUGCUGCUUCAUGCCACCUCCACCUUCCCCCAACUGGACCUGGAAGUCCGGGAUCUCUGUCUUUAAGGAGUCCACAUACUUUGGGACUAAAUAGGUAUCAUCCCUACAAGAGCCACCUAACACCCAGUGGUCUCCCAAUGCCCUCAUUACCAGCAGGAUCUUACUACUCUCCGUAUGCUUUCUAUGGACAGAGGUUAACGUCCGCUUCAGCGCUAGGAUAUCAGUAAAUAGAACUCCCCAACUCAUAGACUGUAUAUUUAUUUACUGUAUGUUAGCUUCAAGCUGGGAAUAUUAAGUGCAUUAUUUACAACAACAAUUCAAUGGUAUGCAAACAUUCUGUGCCCCAAAACCAUUCUUUUGCAUUAUCAGUUUGUCUUCCAUUUGGCCUUUUAUUUCUUUUUCUGUUUCUUUGUUUUAACUUUUUUUAUUUUUUUGCUGUUUUGCAUGAUACUCAUCGCUUACUCUACCCUUUCAUUUAUUUCCCUAUAUAUAGGGGGGUUUUUUUGUUAAAAAAAAGCAACACAAAACUCUGCCUCCUUUUAAUUUUGUAGUCCUAAAGAAGUGUAUUUUUUUGUAAUGUGUUCUUGGCAUGGUGGGAGCGGGUGGGAGGAGAGAGAUUACAAAUGCGUUGGUGGCUAUCCAAAAAAUCUUAUUUUGUUUAAUAAAUGAAAACUUAACUAUCCACUCUGUGUUCUUAUACAUUACAUCCAGAUUUUUAUUUCCUUUUUUUUAACGCUUUCUGAAAUAAUUUCACGUCGGUUAACCUGCUAAUAUUACAUUAAAGAAAUCGAAAACGCCAAAGCAUUCAAUAGUACAAUAUCUGGAAUGUAUUGAUUACAAUAAACAAUGUUUUUUGCUAUUAAAAUA